CAAAGUUUUCAAGAAGAAUGGCGGGCAAGGUAGGCUAUCCUGCUGAUAGCGAUUGGAAGUGGGAGUUUAGCAUGGUACUCAGUGUUACUAGCUUCUUGAGUUGUUCAUAAGUUUUCUACACCACGUCUUUGCUUCUCGACUCUUGCUUCCUCACAACUUAUUUCUACAUUUCACGCAACUCAUUCAACUCCAUCUCUUGCUUACCCAAAAGGCCCAACCCUUACUUCAAUCAACUUCUAUCAUAUCGCUAUCAAAUCAAAACGCAAAAUGUCUCGUCAACUCAUUUCUAGCGAGAAGUUCCCAACCAAGCCACACAACUGCCCAGCAGUCAAAGUCCCCGGACUCGUCUUCUGCGCAGGACAGACCGCUACCGGCGAGAUCAAAGCCGCAACUAGAACCGUGCUACAAAACCUGAAGGAAGUUCUCGAAUUGGCAGGGUCGUCGCUCGAGCAGGUCGUCAAAUACAAUGUAUAUCUGGCGGACAUGAAGGAUUUCGCGGCCAUGAAUGAAGUGUACAUUGAUUUUCUCCCUCAGCCAAUGCCUGCACGGUCGUGCUUACAGGCUGUGGCACCUGGGAAUGGGACGGUUAUUGAGAUUGAAUGCAUUGCGCAGGCAUGAUCUGGGAUGGGUAUAAACAAAAUUUGGAUUUAUGUUGUACAUAAUUGAGACAAGAAAUUUCUCUUUCAG